AUGCUCACAUCAACGAAGCUUGGCUCGUUGAGAGCCCUGGGCUCAUGUAGAGCCCUUGCGAUCUUGGUUUUAACGUGCGGCCAGCAAGGCUUGUCCUUCAAGCUGUCGGAGGCUCCGAUCCCUUUGGCAGGCUCCGAGGAGAACGCGACCAUCAGGCAGGCUGUGGAGGAAGCCGUUUCUGACCGCUUGGAACGGGACAUGGAGGACAUCAACAACAUCUCAGACCCGACGAUGGAGAAUGCGAGCGACUCUAUGGAGGGACUUGGUUUGGCCAAGAACUUGGAGUUCCUUCUCGUGAAGGUCGCGCAGCUCGAGGCGGUUGCUGAGAUGCAGCAGGCCCAGGCCAAUAGGCAGCAAAAGAAGAUCGACUUGCAGCAAAAGGAGAUCGAUUCUCUCAAGGCCCAAAUCGGCAACCACAAGGUCCCAGAGGGUGAGGCCCUGCUCGAAACCGAGGAAGAAGAUGCACAAACGCGGCUGAAGGAAGCCCAGGAAAUCGUCAAGAGCGUGUUUCUCAAACACCAUCGUCAGCGAGAGAAAGGUGGCUUGGCUGGAAACCUGAAGGGUUGGAGGGGUGACUCUCUUUGCGACAACUCAGGCAUCCUUCAUCGCGAACGGGAGACUGCUUCCGCAGCCGAAAGUGGAACGUCGCGAGAGUCGUCAUCCGAUCGCGACUCUGCCGCAUGGUUGAGGGACAACACGAUCUCGACCGUGGAGGAGGCCAUCGCGAUUCUGAGCCAAGGCUUCAGCGAUUUCGGGCAGUUUCAGUUGCUUUUCCACGUGGGCUGGGAGCUCACAAGCAGCUGCCACGGCACUCACAAUCACAUCGAGGUGACCAAGUGCCUUGCCAGAUCACUCAGGAAGUAUCCAGGGGAUCUCUUUCCCGAUAUGGUGAAGAAAGUUGCCGAUGGCAAAGCCUGGGACCUGAUGCCCCGUCAAAUGCACAUUCUUUACCACGUGGGCUGGGAGUUGGGUCUCAGCUGCCACGGCCAUCACAACCACAUCGAGGUGACCAAAUGUCUUGCCAGAUCCCUGAGGAAGUACCCAGGGGAUCUCCUGCCCAAUGAACUGAGAGUUCUCAAUCAUGUGGGCUGGUGGCUGUCGGGCAAUUGCCAUGGCCAUCACAAUCACGAGACGAUCUUGAGGUGCCUUGCCAGCUCACUCGCGAGGUUCCAAUCGCCGGUGGAUUUCCUGCCCGACCCGUUGAAGAAAGUUGCUGAUGGCAAAGUCUUCGAUCUCCUACCCGAUCCCUUGAAGAAAGUUGGUGAUGGCAAGGUCUUGGAUCUUCUGCCCAACGAGUUGAAGACAGUUGCUGAUGGCAAAGUCUUCGAUCUUCUUGGGGAUAAGGUGAGGAAAAUUGCUGAUGGCAAAGUCAUGGACCUUCUACCUGAUCAAUUGAAAAUUCUGUUUCACCUCGGCUGGGAGUUGACUCACACCUGUCGUAGCCAUAUCAACCACAUCACGGUGUCGAAGUGCCUUGCCACCUCACUUGCGAAGUUCAGUCCUCCGCUGGACUUCCUGCCCGACCCGUUGAAGAAAGUCGCCCAUGGCAGUAUCUUGGAUCUCAUGCCCCAGCCGGUCCAGCUUCUGGCGGGUGGGGAAGGCAGUUCCGUGAAGACCAUGCUCACAAUGGGCAACGAGCUUGCGAAGUGUGAGAACCCGAGCUCGCAAGAGGAGCUCAUCCAGUGCCUCGGCUUCAGGAUCAUCUCGAGCGUUCCUCCCCUGAACUUCUUGAACCGCCUGGGUGACAUCUUCGCCGAGUUCGUCGGGACCUUUGCCAAGGUAGCCUCGGCCGUGGCCACCCAAGCCAUGAAGGGCGGCCCGUCGCUGCUACAGGAGGCCUUUUCCACGGACUUCCCAAAAGCUGGUGCACCGGCCGUGGUGCAUCAUCACACGCCCAACUUCGUCAUCAGCAAGCACUCGCAGAAGGCCCCCAGAAACGCCGCUCUCUUGCAGGAGCUGGGUGACGACGAAGAGCCUCCGGCCGCGGUAUCUUGGAGCCUUGACGACCACGGACCCGAAAUCCGCGAGUUGGUCACCCAGUUCGAUGGCAGGGAGACUUCGACGGGUUCCUGCCUGGCCUUUGCGCCCAGGAAUAAGACCGGGAGCAACAACCAGGCGACUCAAGAGGACUGGCAGGCGGCAAGCAAGGACGACUUUGUGAAGCUGGAGCCUUGGGCGGUGCCCUGCACAAACACCUGGAUGAAGGACAAUUGGAAGAAGUGGCAAGGCUAUUCCUUUUACACCUCGGAUAUGCAGAUUGAGAGGUGUGUCACUGUGAGCUUCAAGCUGAACAUGCAGCCCGUCGUUGCUUUCGUUGGCGGCAUCCAGUUCGAUCUGCUACCGGGGCCCCUGGCCGAAGUGAAUACCCAAGUCUGCUGGCCCAAGACUCAGCCGGGUGGCCUCGACCUGAGCGUCCUGCGAUCCGAGAUUAAGUCCAAUGGCAUCCUCCUCUUCAGCCGGACUCUACGCCUGACCAAGCGCUUCGGGGAAAACACCGACUUCAACUCGGCCAACAUCAACGGAGGCCACCAAACGGCACAGACCUAUUUCUCCGUGUCUGAGGCUGCAGAUGCAGAGAGUGGAACCGCCAUAGCCUCCAUGAAGCGAUCCUCUCUGCUGGAAGGCAACCGCAGCAUCCGGGGUGGGGAGAAGGAGAAGUCGCUGUACUGGAAGACGGAAGACGCGGAUUUCUAUGUGGCCUCUGUCGAGUAUGGCCAGGACCUGGGUGUCAACACCACGUCGGAAUCGCAGGGAACGGCUGCCGAGGAGUUGAUCCGCGCCAGCGAGGAGAGAGAGGAGACCUUCAAGCUCUUUAGCUUCAAGAACUCCGGCACUGUGAAUUUCGAAGUCAAGGGCCUCUUAUCGGGCAACUGGCUUCAGCUUGGAUUGCAGAUGGGCUUUGGACCCUAUCAGAGCCCUGAGCAGGUCAUCCCCCUGGUGAACAUCGUGGACCAGUUUGCCUUAAUCCUCAUGGCGAUGCCAGAUGAGCUCGUGUCUCUGCAGAGUCGAACUCGGGCCAUAGCCGCGCUGAAGGACUUCUCGCGAGGGGAUGUCUUAGAGACGCAGCACAAGGCUAAGGAGAACAAAGCAGAGGAUGACAAAGAAGGCUGGUCCUUCGACGUCAACUCACCUCCGGUCAGUUCGGGCAGGCAGCGUUCUGUUCAGGCUCAAGAGCCCUCUGCGUUGUGCCAAGGAAGCCCCGUGGAGGGCAGCUCCUGCUCGCAUCUGCAGGAACCGGAUUGCGAAAGCUACUUCGUGAAAGAUGGUGAUAGUUACAUGCAGUGCGCCUGGGUGGACGGAAGAUGCCUGACCAUGGGUGCUGCUUGCUACACAACCACCACUACCACAACGUCAACUACGACCACCACGACAACAACCACGACGUCGACAAGCACCACAACAACAACCACGACGUCGACAAGCACCACGACAACGACCACCUCGACAACGACCACCACGUCAACGACGACCUCGACAACGACCACCACGUCAACAACCACCUCGACAACGAGCACAUCGACAACGACCACCACAUCAACAACAACCGUGACAACGAGCACCUCGACGACUACCACAACAACAACUUCAACUGUCACAACUUCAACUGUUACCGUCACCAGUACAACCACAACCACCAUAACCACCACCAUUCUGGUGCAGAUACCACCUGACUCCGAACUUGCACCUGGAUUGGAGUGCGACUACUUCUACGGCCAUGCUCAGUGCCAGGUACCUGACCUCGCGUCUCUGACCCCUGAGCACAGUGCAGUCUUGCCGAAUAUCGACAUGCACAACGGCAGAUUCCCCCAUGUUCGGGCAACGGACAACUUCUGUCUCCGGUGCAAGGGGUACGUGAGCAUCAGGGAAGCUGGCAACUACAAGUUCCACACCGGCUCGGAUGACGGCUCGCUCUUGUACGUGAACGGCCAGCUGCUCGUCGAUAACAAUGGCUGCCAUGGCGAACAGUGGAGGACCAGCGCUGCCACGUAUUUUUCAGCGGGUGCCCUAGAGCUGGUUUUCGAGAUGUGCGAAGCAGGUGGUGGCGAAUCCUUCCGUCUGCAUUACGAGGGACCAGAUACCAAUCACCACGCGCCUGUGAUUCCCGCAUCGGCUCUGAAACACCACCGCAAGGGCUUGGGAGAAGGCUUGAAGUGCGACUACUUCUACAACCAGCAUCACUGCCACGUCCCGACAAACCUCGGAGCUAUGACACCCGCUCAUAGCGCGGUUCUGAAGAACAUCGACAUGCACCACGGCAGAUUCCCUCAUCUGAGGCAUGGCGACAACUUUUGUAUCAGAUGCAGCGGCUAUGUGAGCACCACGCAGUCAGGCAACUACAAGUUCUACACCGCGUCGGACGACGGCUCCUUCUUGUACUUGAACGGCGAGAGGAUCGUCGACAACAACGGCUGCCACGGUGAACAGGAGAGGUCGAGCCAUGAUAAGUUCCUGGGACCAGGUCUUCAUCGCCUGGUGGUGGACAUGUGUGAGGUGGGUGGUCACGAGAAUUUCAAGGUGCGGUAUGCGGGACCCGACACAGGCAACCACAAAGUCACGAUACCCGCGUCGGUUCUCAAGCACGAGCCUAUGCAGGUGUCGGAUGGCUUGGAGUGCGACUACUUCUACAACCAGCAUCACUGCCACGUCCCGACGAACCUCGGAGCUAUGACACCCGCUCACAGCGCGGUGUUGCCGAACAUCGACAUGCACCACGGUAGAUUCCCUCAUCUGAGGCAUGGCGACAACUUUUGCAUCAGAUGCAGCGGCUAUGUGAGCACCACGCAGUCAGGCAACUACAAGUUCUACACCGCGUCGGACGACGGCUCCUUCUUGUACUUGAACGGCGAGAGGAUCGUCGACAACAACGGCUGCCACGGUGAACAGGAGAGGUCGAGCCAUGAUAAGUUCCUUGGACCAGGUCUUCAUAGCCUGGUGGUGGACAUGUGCGAGGUGGGUGGUCACGAGAAUUUCAAGGUGCGGUAUUCGGGACCCGACACCGGUAACCACAAAGUCACGAUACCUGCAUCGGUUCUCAAGCACGAGGUCUUGGAGGUUGCAGCCCAAGCGGUAUCGGAUGGCUUGGAGUGCGACUACUUCUACAGCCAGCAUCACUGCCACGUCCCGAACCUCGGAGCUAUGACACCCGCUCACAGCGCGGUGUUGCCGAACAUCGACAUGCACCACGGCAGAUUCCCUCAUCUGAGGCAUGGCGACAACUUUUGCAUCAGAUGCAGCGGCUAUGUGAGCACCACGCAGUCAGGCAACUACAAGUUCUACACCGCGUCGGACGACGGCUCCUUCUUGUACUUGAACGGCGAGAGGAUCGUCGACAACAACGGCUGCCACGGUGAACAGGAGAGGUCGAGCCAUGAUAAGUUCCUGGGACCAGGUCUUCAUCGCCUGGUGGUGGACAUGUGCGAGGUGGGUGGUCACGAGAAUUUCAAGCUGCGGUAUUCGGGACCAGACACCGGCAACCACAAAGUCACGAUACCCGCGUCGGUUCUCAAGCAUUAG